CGGCAACCUUUGCAGCCAUACGACACGUGUCCGCUUCCGCACUUCGUCAAUUUCGGUUUCGGUUUUCGCUGCGGCAGUCCAAUCGCUGUCACCGCACCGAAACAAAAUGGCCGCCCCCUGCCCCGCCAGCCAAUCGGGAGGCCCGCACCGCGGCCAGCUUCCUGUUCCGCCAACGGCACGCAGCAAAAAAAACGCUCCCAUCACGUGAUAUAAAAAUAAAGGAUCAUCGGCCAUCUUUCGGAGAGACGCAAGCAACGCAGCUGAGUAGCGGACGGGAGCAGCGAGCGCACGGGAUUUCCGCCGCCACCGAGAAAGACCGUCGGCCGAUUCCGGACUCCGUCUCCCCCGUAGGAAGAACAAACAAGUUCGGUGCCCGUGAAACCACAAUGGCGGACGACAAGGAGCCUCUGUACACCCCUUUCUUCGGCGUCAUGGGAGCCGUUGCAGCGAUGGCUUUCAGCGCGCUUGGCGCCGCGUACGGCACGGCAAAGUCCGGCACCGGCAUUGCAGCCAUGUCCGUGAUGCGGCCGGAGCUCAUCAUGAAAUCCAUCAUUCCCGUCGUCAUGGCGGGUAUCAUCGCCAUCUACGGGCUUGUGGUGGCCGUGCUGAUUGCCAGUACCAUUAAGGCAGACUACAAAUUGUUCUCAUCGUUCCUUCAUCUGGGUGCGGGUCUCAGCGUGGGACUGAGCGGCCUUGCAGCUGGCUUUGCCAUUGGAAUCGUGGGAGACGCCGGAGUGCGCGGCACGGCGCAGCAGCCCCGGCUCUUCGUCGGAAUGAUCCUCAUCCUCAUCUUUGCGGAGGUCCUCGGGUUAUACGGGCUCAUCGUGGCCCUCAUCAUGUACUCUCGCGGCUGAGUACAACGCCCCCUUUUUGUUCCUCCCACCCCCUUUUCCCCACCUUACACACCCGUUUAUUAUUUUUUAUGUGCCCCCACCCCCACCUCAUCGGAAAUGAAGCGCGAAAGGAAACAAACGUUCUGUUGCCUCGGGAAUUCUCCCCGCUCCCUUGUUCUUUUCAUCCGCGAAUAUGUUUGAAUGUUGCGCGCUGUAUGUUGGCACAGUUUGUAUUUAUUCCCCCUCCUAUUUUUUUUUUUUUUUUCUCAAUUGCAACUUGUUUUGCUACUACCCCCGUACUACCUGGGUGUUGAAUGCCCACGUUUUUCUUCCUCAUUUAAGAGUUUGUGUUCUGCAAGAAGUUUUUAGGCCUGUGUCGACAAAGCCCCAUUCGCACGUCGUUUGUGUUGGCUUCAGUCUCUAGAGCCCCUUCCGCAGUUGCCUCCAAAAGAUAGCACUGCUUAGAUGCUCAAGGUAAUCUUGACACCGUUUUGGGGACAGCUGGUUGGAUGUAUUUGAGUUGUUCGAGCAGCGUUGAACGGAUCGUGCAUACAGAGAGAGAGCAACACUUGGCCAAAGGAAGGAGACAUUCCAAAGAGAAGGCAUGCCUAGUCUGAUGGUCCUCCUUUGGGCAUCACCUAUUCGAACUUACUCGCACUGUUGUCGGUUUCAAAUGCUAGAUUCAGUUUUGUUUUUGUUGCAAUGCGAAAGGAAUGAGGGAGUAGUUGGGAGAUUAGUUUCUGCUGCAAAUUAGUGAAUGGUUGUUAAGCCGUUACUAGAGAUGUUUAUUAAACAAGAUGCCCAGAUGUCGUUGCGCGACUGAGAGCCCUUUUGCUCUCUGGACCGGGAGACUGAAAAAAUAAAGCUGAGCAAGCACAUUUGUCUGCCUUUUUCCAUGUGAAUCAUAUCUAUCCCUGACCUACAGCCUUUUCUGUUCGUUUAGCUUGACCAGAGCGUACGUGCUGGGCCUGUCGGCCAACAGACGUUCAAAGGCCAUAGUCUGGCAUCUUGCUGGAUCCGGCGUUCCCGCUCCCCCUCGGUCUAGGCACAUCCUUUCGGGAUGUCAUGUUACUGCCAUCGAGACGCGAAGCUUUUGGGGAUCUUGAAGUCUGUACUAGGAAUGUUACAAUGAAGGAAACAGUGACCUCUACUUACUAUGCCUGCACGAACUCGUGUCUGCAUGCCGCAUUGUCUCAGUGGUCUCCUCUGGAUGUUUCAGUGAGCAGGGGGAGGAGGGCAGUCUAAGAGCUCAUCAGCUCCGCAGCUGGCCAUGGGACUUGCUGUGGAGCUGCGACCCAGAGGCUACGCUUGCGCGGAUGUUUAACCAGAAAUAUUGGAUGUCUGCAUUAGGGUUCUACUAUGACCCAUUUUCAAUGUGUACAUACGUCGGUAGUGUUGUGACACUGGUGAGUGUUUGUCUGUAUGGUGUGUCGACGCCGGGUACUCCCUUCUACUUCAUGUUAUCCUGGCACGCUAGCUACGUAUCUAGGGCACACGAUUGCAGAUACACAAGACUCCAAGAGUUUUUUUUUUU